CAGGUUGAUUCUCUCCGUAUUAAUCUCUGUCAUUGUGUGUGUUUGAGACAGAAAGAGAAGGGGAGGGGUGAUAUAAAGGCUGGUUCCCUGUUGCUCGCUCCCAUUCCUUCUGUUUUUUUUUUAGUGGGUUUGCUCUGCAAGUGAUUCUCCAGAAUAAUGUUCUUGUUUACGGCCACCUUGACCAUCCUGGCACUCAGUUCCCUGGACCAAGUGGAUUCUUCAGCCUAUGACAAGAUAGUCACACACAGUCGCAUCAGGGCUAAGAAGGAAGGGCCCAAUGUGUGCGCUUUACAGCAGGUCAUGGGGACGAAGAAAAAGUACUUCAGCACCUGCAGGAACUGGUACAAGAAAUCCAUCUGUGGCAAGAAGGCGAUGAUAUUAUAUGAGUGCUGCCCAGGUUAUAUGAAGUUAGACGGGAAGCGUGGUUGCCCUGCAGUGGCCCCUAUCGACAGUGUUUAUGGCACCCUGGAUCUGGUGACAGCCAAGAUCACCCAGCGAUACGCUGACCAAUCCAAACUGAGGGAAGAAAUCGAGGGAGCAGGAUCUUACACAAUGUUUGCGCCGAGUGACGAUGCCUGGAAAGAGUUAGACCCUGCAUUGAAAGCUGCCAUGGUCAGCAGUGGAAACCCUGAGCUUUACAAUGCACUCCACUAUCACAUGGUCAACAAACGGCUUCUCACUAAGGACCUGAAGAAUGAUAUGACCCUGAAGUCCAUGUAUAACAAACAAGGCCUCUAUAUCAAUCACUACUCGAAUGGAGUUGUCACUGUGAACUGUGCCCGGAUUAUUCACGGCAACCAGGUGGCCACUAAUGGAGUUGUGCAUGUCAUUGAUCGGGUCAUCAGCGCCAUAAGCCAAACGAUAAAGGAUGUGAUCGAAACCAAUGAUGAGCUGACUACACUGAAGACAGUUGCUGUGAAUUCGGGUCUCCAGAACCAACUGGGAGAGCCCGGACACUACACACUUUUUGCUCCAACCAACGAGGCCUUUGAUAAACUAGACCGCGACGUCCUGGAGAGACUUAUGAGUGACACAACUGUACUUCAAGCCCUUUUGCAGUACCACCUCCUGAACUCAGCGCAGUGCUCUGAGGCCAUUAUGGCAGGCUCCAUCUACGGGACUCUUGAGGGCAGUAAUAUUGAGAUCGGAUGUGAUGGUGAGAGCCUUACGGUCAAUGGUAUCAAGAUGGUGCUGAAGAAGGACAUUGUCACCAGCAAUGGGGUCAUUCAUUUGAUCGACCAGGUGCUCAUGCCUGAUUCGGCCAAGCAGGUGAUGGAGCUUGUGGGCAAAUCUCAGAGCAUCUUUGGUGACAUGGUGUCCGAGCUCGGCCUCUCUGCAGCCUUACAGCCUGAGACUGAGUAUACUCUUCUCGCCCCACUGAAUGGAGCCUUCUCCGAUGAGGUAAUGUCCAUGGAUCAGCGUCUCCUGAAGAUUAUUCUGGAAAACCACAUCCUGAGAUUCAAGGUCUCUCUGAAUGAACUCUACAACGGCCAGAUGCUCGAGACCCUUGGAGGAAAAUGGCUCAGAGUCUUUAUUUAUCGCACGGCUGUGUGUAUUGAGAAUGCAUGUAUGGUCAGAGGCAGCAGAGAAGGCAGUAAUGGAGUCCUUCAUCUCAUGAGGUCCCUGAUCCAGCCACCCCAGGCGACCAUCUAUGAGCUGCUUUUGAACGAUGGACGAUUCAAAAUCUUCCUGUCUCUGAUGGAGAGUGCUGGACUGACAGACCUGCUGAAGCAGGAGGGAUCGUACACACUCUUUGCUCCUAUCGAUGCCUCCUUUGGCACUCUGACAGAGGAAGACAUCACUCUUUUAAAAAGUGACAUGAACGCGCUCAGGGCAAUCCUGCUCUACCAUUUUAGCAAUGGCGUCUUUAUUAAUGGAGGACUGGAGGGUGGAGUGACUAAUCUUCUCAAGACCAUACAGGGCAACAACCUUCAAGUGCAGUCUGUUAACAACUCCAUCCAUGUAAAUUCAGUGGAGGUUCCAGAUUUUGAUCUUAUGGCAUCCAAUGGAGUGGUCCAUGUAGUGAAGACUAUGUUAUAUCCACAAGAUCUGCCAGUUGGCAGUGAAGACAUAUUGAUUCUGCUGAAGAGACUCAUCAAAUACAUGCAGCUGAAGUUUGAAUCUGGAUUCACCUACCGUGAGAUUCCACUUACAUUCAUCAGGAGGACUAUAACUACACAUGUCAUUGAGAAAGGUCCCGAGAUCAAGGUCACCAGGGUUAUUGAGCGUGAGCCCAUCAAAGUUACAAGAGUGGUUGAAGGAGAACCAAGCAUCACAAAAGUUACAAGAGUGGUUGAAGGAGAACCAAGCAUCACAAAAGUUACAAGGGUGGUUGAAGGAGAACCAAGCAUCACAAAAGUUACAAGAGUGGUUGGAGAGCCAAGCAUCACCAAAGUUACAAGAGUGGUUGAAGGAGAACCAAGCAUCACCAAAGUUACAAGAGUGGUUGGAGAGCCAAGCAUCACCAAAGUUACAAGAGUGGUUGAAGGAGAACCAAGCAUCACCAAAGUUACAAGAGUGGUUGGAGAGCCAAGAGUCACCAAAGUUACAAGAGUGGUUGAAGGAGAACCAAGCAUCACCAAAGUUACAAGAGUGGUUGAAGGAAAGCCGUCUGUUUCAAAGGUCACAAGGCUCAUUGAAACUCACAGUGCCUCAUCUGAUGGUGGGAUUGAUGCUGAGGGAGAAAUCAAGAGAAUCAUGGGUGAAGAUAUAACCAAGCUUCAGACGUUUCAGAGUGGUGACGUACACAUGCUCCAGGAGGAAGACAUCAGACAAAUCACUGACGCAAUCACGCAGGGAGGUGGACCAGGUAUCACCACUAUAACUAGAGUAAUCAAACCAGAGCCCCAGGUUGUUGAAAGCGAACCAGGGAUCACCACCUUUACCAGAGUAAUCAAAAAAGAGUCUCAGAUCACUGAAGGUGCCCAAGGAGACACCAGUAUUACCAGAGUAAUUAAACCAGAACCGCAGAUCAUUGAAGUUCCAGAUUUCUCAAAGAUUGUAUCUUUGAAGGACAAUCCAGAUCUCUUUGAAUCAGAAACUGAGAGAAUCACCAGAAUCAUCAAGGAGGGGCGUUUUAAAAAACGAGCCGCCAUCAGACAACCACAAGGAACAAGACGAAGAGUGAGACUGGUCAGGCGUCACUCCAAACCAAGACAAUGAGAUGAAUGGACGCUCACUGUACCUGGAGAUCCAGCUUUAAGGGAUGGUUCGGAGUAAUUUCAACCUAGGGUCCUUUGCACCAUGACCUCGAGCCAAACACCCCACCCAGAAGCUUU